UGUCAUGAACAGCUGUCUCAUAGUUUACAAAUAAAAAUAUUUUAUUUUAAUUUAAAAUGAAUGAGGAAAUAGAUGAAUAUGAUAUUUAUCAUCAAGAUUUUACAACCGCGUCGGAAUGGGAAGUGUUCAUAGCCCGAUUAGAAGAAUUAAUGUUAGAAUGGCAAUUAUCUAAAUCUAAAUUACCAAAACAGUUCUCGGAGAAGAAUACAAAGAAAUGGAUUACGAAAACAGAAGAUUUAAAACUACAUGGUCUUGAUUUUAAACUUACCUAUCAUGCGUUAGAAUCUGUUAAGGGCUCGGACAAUAUAGAGGUAUCUGACGAGCAUACGUUAUUGAAAGAAUUGCAGGAUGGUAUUUGGGAAUCGACGUCGAGAUUUAUGGAUGAUAAUGAUGGCAGCGCGUUUCCUGUAUCGAAUUGGUUUGGCCUAAAACGGUAUUUAAUGCUUUGUCCUCGAUCUCCCCUUGUCGAAGGUAGCAUUAUAAAAUUAGUAAUGAGUUCAGUCAAUAUUGCAUUUGCUAAUGCUGAUUGUGGCGUACCCUUCUUUGUUAAAAUAAGAGAACAUUGGCAACACACAUACUUAGGUAUUUACGAAGACAGUGAUUUUAAAAUCAGUUUCGAUACAAUACAUUUGGAGCGUAUUUCUAAUCAGUGUUCACAUCUAAGUGGUCUUGUGGGAUUGUUUAAAUCCAAAAUAUCCUCACCAAUUCCCUUAGAUGCUGUUGUUAUUUCUGUAAAAUUUUCAUAUGAACUCAAAAAUUCUGAUACUUUUGCCUGGAGGCAGAGAUUGCAAUCUAAUGAAUUUUUAUCAAUAGAUGGUUUUGAUGUGAAAAAACUAAUUGAAGUUCCAUUUGGCUCAGAGAAUAAUCCCAUACAAAGUGCUCUUCUAAAUGCCAUAUGGCCUCAAUUUAGGGAGAGUGCAAUAGUGGACUCUUCAACAUUUUCUGAUAUUGAUCCUUUAAUGGCUCCAACUUGGACAAUAACAAUAAAAAUGCGCACCAAUAUUACCUGCCUGCUCUCUGAUAUGAUUGAGAAAGUGAUGAGUGUACUAGAUAACAACAACCUGCUUAUGGAUGUGUUAGGACUAAGUAAAAGUUUGGGCAUAGUCAAUCCUUUGCACAAAAUAACUGAAGCACCAAUAACAAUAUCAAAACUUGUGAAAGCUGCUAUGCGACAAAAUACAUCGGUAUCAGAAUUUAAGGGGCCAAUAACUGAUGAUUUGUUGAUGCCAUUGUUAUAUUAUGUUUUUCCCGAUGCAGUUGAAAAUAGUACAUUCACAUAUCCAAAGGAAUUGGAUGUUGAAAAUAAACAGGAGAAUGCCGAUGUUAAAAUAUGUAGUUAUGUCAAGGCAAGUCCUGAAGAUGGUUUAGUCUGGAGACUCUCGGUGACAUGUGCUAGACUUAUGGAUGCAGGUGGUUUGCCGUACCUUGCGCACUUUUGGUAUGAAUUUGUACAGGAGCUACAGUAUAGGUGGGAACACAGGAUUCUUGUACCAGGAGUUAUCGACGGAGUACCAAACGCGCGAACGUGUUUACUUCAUCAAAAAUUGCAGUUGUUGAACUGUUGCAUCAAAAAAGCUGUCGAUAAUUCUACUGCUUUACCAGGAACCUCUUCUGAGGAAGAGUUUUUCGAUUGUUCUGAUGACGACGAAAAUGAAGAACAGUUACCCUGGAAUCGCCCCGUCGGGAGACUCAACCGCUUGGAAAAUGCGACUUUGAAAAAUGGAGCUCCCCUUUAUGUUCCUCGUACACAAGACCCAGCGCCAAAAACCGAGGAUCAGUUAGAAGAAGAUGCUGAAUUAAUGGUACGAUUAGGAGACGAUGCGAAGGCUUCAGAAUUGCGAGCUAGAAUGAUGAGUGCAUCUCUACUGUCUGAUAUGGAAGCUUUCAAAGCUGCCAAUCCUGGGGCGGAGCUUUGUGAUUUUGUGCGUUGGUAUUCUCCAAGGGAUUGGAAGCCCGAUGAUGGUGGUAGUUUAGGCGAUCGUAUGCUUUUACCUGGUAAUCCCUGGCUUGAAGCAUGGAACGUCGCUAGGCCUGUACCGGCUGCGAGACAAAGGAGAUUAUUUGACGAAACUCGUGAAGCCGAACAAGUUUUACAUUUCCUCCGAUCUAGAACGAUAGCGGCAGUCGUUGAACUUUUGUUACCUGCUAUAUUGAAAGCAGGUGCUGUAAAAGCAAUAAGUGAAGGUGCCGUCGGGUCUAAUUCUAGCGUGGGUGGCAUUGAUAAGAGGAGAACGUUUGAGAUUGCCGCAAGGGAUCUUUUCGAUGCGGAGCGUGAAGUGUGCAGAUCUAAGUGCGUUCGAAAAGUAUUGGGAAAUAGUGUUGAGGGGCAACCGUUAGAUGUUGCGGGUCGAUCGAGAAUCCUGAAUGCGAUGGGAGGAGGUUUGCCUACACCCGCGAGACGGGAAUUUACUUUGCGCGUUAAGGAUUCAGUGGGUCCCCAGAUCAUGCGUGCCGCUCUCUCUAACGAUAUGACAAUUAUAGGAGCCUUUACAGAACGCACCGUGUGUUUGUAACGAAAUAUAUUUUUGAAAUCAAAACGUAGUUACCUAGAUUCUAAAGUCAAUUGAGUGAUAUCGUGUGCUGUAUAUGAAAAAUAAAAAUAAGUUUCCCUUGAGUGCUUUCACAGAAUCGCUAUGAAACUCUAGUUCCGUAAUUGGUGCUUUAGCAGAUUUAUAUUCACAAAGCACAUAUUUCAAUGCAUAUUCUGAUUCAAUUGUAUUGAAUACUGAAAUGAUGCCAUAUUUUUCCACAAUGACUGUUCUGCCACGCUAUUAAACACAUUGACUGCCUAAUAAAAUAUGCGUAUUAUUUUGAA